AUGCGGUCAAUCUGCGGCUUUCUUUUCCUUCAAGCUGUGUUCAUUGGUUUUGCCCAACACACCAAAGUAACUGCGACGAGGCAUUGCCCCACGUUUACUUCUUGUAUUGACAGCUAUGCUGACAUUUAUAAAUCCCUAGCAUCAGAGGAGAACAGUUUCAACAUUGAAUCAGCUCUUUAUCCAUCAAUGAUGCCAUCAUCACUUGUAGUUAAAGUAGAGUUCAUUACACACAAUGAAACAUCAGUGGCAAUUUACACUUGGAGUUUAAACUGUUUAUAUGUUGCUAUUCCUCCUCAAGUCCUCCAACUCCUGUCGCUUGGCUCAGUUCUUGUUGAACCACGCACACAAGAGCUGAAAAUCUGCAUCCCCUAUUUCUGUAGAAAUUUUUCAUCCACCAAGGAACAAAACGACCUGAUGAAAGGUGUUCUCGCUGCG